AUGGGUCUCAAGUACCUCACCUGUGCUGCGGCCAUCGUCGCCGUAGCGGUGCAUCCCUGGCUAUCUGCUGCCGUCGACCUGGAGCUCAACAUCACGAGCCUGACCGGUGGCGAGCUGGAUUCGGACUGGACAACCAUAUACUAUUCCGAGGACAAGCCGUUGCUUCUUGGCAACGAUGAAGAGGCGGCCACGGGAGGCUUCCACGCGUGGGACCUGAACAGCGAUUCGCCCCUUUCCGAGGUCAAGUCGGUGACCACCGGCCGAACGAAGCUCAUCACGGCGGUCUACGAUGUCGCCGGAAAAGACCUUGCAGUCACGAUCGCGAUGCCGGAUUCCAUUAUUCGAGUCUACGAACUACCGGCCUUCACCGAAAUUGAGUCUGCGCAAACGACGAUGCUCGGGGAUUGGUCCGCUCUUUGCUCCUGGCGCAGCAAAAGUCUGAACGACUAUGUCUAUUUCUUUGGAAAGACCCGGGCUGUGCAGUACCUCAUUCGUCAAGGGAAGGACUCCGUCGAGCUGGUUGAGGUUCAAAGCUUUGCGAUCCCAACCGAGUUCUCAGGUUGCGCCGUGGUUAGAUCUCGGUCGAAGAUGAUAGCCAACGCCGAUGAUGGCAAAGACCUUUACAUUUUUGACCUCAAGGAGUCUACGGUUGCGCCCGAAAUCACUAAGCUCGGCGAAGCCCCGGAUGAUGUGACUGGCAUUGCCGUCUAUGUCUCCAACACCACUGGCUUAGACUAUUUGUUCGUGGCCCAAGAAGACAGCAUCGGUGUCUACGAAUACCCGUUCCAACUUCUCGGUAGCAUCAAAUUGACUGGUAUGGAGGACAUUGAAGUGGAAGGCCUCAGCCUCUUCCAGGGAUCUACCUCCAAGUACCCUAGCGGAGCCCUCGGCUUUUCCCUUGAGGCGGAUCCUGACUUUGAAGGCUUUGGCUUGGUAUCUCUGGAUGGUGCACUCGGCGAGCUAGGAGUGUCAGUCAACACCGCUUAUGACCCCCGGGACCAGGCUGGAUGCCGCACUCGCUCCACCAUCUGUGACGCCUGCUCAAGCAACGGCUAUUGCCAGGCGAACGGAGCUGGCUGCGGCUGCUUCGCCGGCUUCACCGGCGAUAAAUGCGACAUUUUCCAGCGUACCGACAACUGCUCCGGACGCGGCGAAUGCGUCGGGCCCAACCAGUGCAAAUGUCAAGAUGGGUGGGGAGGCCUCCACUGCUCGUUCCUCCUGGUCGAGCCUUCGUACGAGACAGACCAAAACGGAGGCGACGGCGACGACCCGGCCAUCUGGAUUUCGCCCGUGUCGGCGGAGAAAUCCCGCAUCAUCACUACGACGAAGUCUACGAUCGGUGCUGGCCUGGGUGUCUUCGAUCUCACUGGCAAGCUACUUCAGGCCAUCCCCGCCGCUGAGCCCAACAAUGUCGAUAUCAUUUACGGUUUCAAAGUGGGUGGCCGAAUGGUUGACCUCGCUUUCGCCGCCUGUCGCGGAGAUGAUACUCUUUGCCUCUUCGAAAUGACUUCAAACGGCACGCUCAAGAAUAUUCCUGGAGGCAUUCAGCCUGUUGUGCCCGAUUACAGCGUCUACGGGUCUUGUGUUUAUAAGUCUCCCAAGACCGGCAAGCAGUACUUGUUUGUCAACGAAAAGUCCGCUCGCUACCUGCAAUACGAGCUGACCUCGACGUUCAACGGGACACUCCAAACGACACUGGUACGCGAGUUCACUGGGGGCUCGGGCGGACAGGUAGAGGGAUGCGUGACCGACGAGGACAACGGCUGGAUCUUCCUGGGCGAGGAGCCUUCAGCUCUCUGGCGGUACGGUGCCGAGCCCGACUCAGGGGAGGCGGGCCUACUGAUUGCCUACGUCGGAGAUGGUCAGACGCACGCCGAUGUCGAGGGCGUCACCCUGGUGUACGGCGCGAAGCCUGACCAGGGCUACGUGAUCGUCUCUAACCAGGGCGUCAGCGCCUACAACGUAUACAGGCGCGCCGAACCCCACGAGUACGUGACCACGUUCACAAUCACCAAAUCCUCCGACGGUCAGGUCGAUGCAGUGUCCAACACCGACGGCAUCACCGCCGUCGGCACCCGGCUGGGCGAUGACUUCCCUCACGGUCUUUUCGUCACCCACGACGACGCGAAUCAGUUACCCGAUGGCAGCACAAGUGCUGAGGCUAGCUUCAAGCUGGUGAGCCUAGAGAGGAUUCUUGGCUCGGAUGCGCUCAAGUCGCUCAACCUCUUGGAUGAUGUAGACGCAGGUUGGGACCCGAGGAAGUAA